CAUGGCUCCCUCCGUGGCCACGCUGGUCGCCCUCAGCGCGCUGGCUGCUGCUACGGCUACCACGGCCGGCCCCGCCGCCGCCGCCGGCGCCCAGGACUACCUCUGGAUGGUGAUCCUGGGCUUCGUGAUCGCCUUCGUGCUGGCCUUCUCGGUGGGCGCCAACGACGUGGCCAACUCGUUCGGCACGGCCGUGGGCUCGGGCGUGGUGACCCUGAAGCAGGCCUGCGUCCUCGCCAGCGUCUUCGAGACCACGGGCUCCGUCCUGCUGGGCGCCAAAGUGAGCGAGACCAUCCGCAAGGGGCUCAUCAACGUCACCAUGUACAACGACACCCAGGAGCGGCUGAUGGCGGGCUCCGUCAGUGCCAUGUUUGGUUCUGCAGUUUGGCAGCUGGCCGCCUCCUUCUUGAAGCUGCCCAUCUCUGGAACCCAUUGUAUCGUUGGCGCCACCAUUGGCUUCUCCCUCGUGGCAAAGGGACAAGAGGGGGUCAAGUGGUUUGAACUCGUGAAAAUCGUGCUGUCUUGGUUUGUCUCCCCGCUGCUUUCCGGUAUCAUGUCUGGGAUUUUAUUCUGUCUUGUUCGUACAUUCAUUCUUCGUAAGGCAGAUCCAGUUCCUAAUGGCUUACGAGCUUUGCCAAUUUUCUAUGCCUGCACGAUUGGGAUAAACUUCUUUUCCAUCAUGUAUACUGGAGCACCGUUGCUGGGCUUUGACAAACUCCCUCUGUGGGGUACCAUCCUCAUCACGGUGGGAUGUGCCGUUUUCUGUGCCCUUAUCGUCUGGUUCUUUGUAUGUCCCAGGAUGAAGAGAAAAAUUGAACGAGAAAUAAAAUCUAGUCCCUCUGAAAGUCCAUUAAUGGAAAAGAAAACCAACUUAAAAGAAGACCAUGAGGAAACCAAGUUAACUCUUAGUGAUGUUGAAAUCCAAAAUUCUGCUUCUGAGGAUGGAUCUGUCACAGUACCACCUCUCCGGGCAGUGGUGGAGGAGAGAACAGUGUCGUUUAAGCUGGGAGACUUGGAGGAAGCUCCAGAGUGCGAUCGGUUUCCUAGAGCGGACCUGAAAGAGGAAACCAAUAUAGAUGGGUCCAUAAAUGGCGCAGUGCAGUUGCCCAGUGGGAACCUUGUUCAGUUCAAUCAGGCUGUCAGUAACCAGAUCAACUCCAGUGGCCACUAUCAGUAUCAUACCGUACACAAAGAUUCCGGCUUAUACAAAGAGCUGCUCCACAAACUGCAUCUUGCCAAGGUGGGAGACUGCAUGGGCGACUCCGGUGACAAACCCCUGCGGCGCAAUAACAGCUAUACUUCCUACACUAUGGCCAUUUGCGGCAUGCCGCUGGAUUCUUUCCGUGCCAAAGAAGGUGAACAGAAAGGUGACGAGAUGGAGAAGCUGACUUGGCCCAGCACAGAUAGCAAGAAACGGAUUCGUAUGGACAGUUAUACUAGUUACUGUAAUGCUGUAUCUGAUACUCACUCUGCCUCUGAGAUGGACAUCGGUGUCAAGACAGAAAUGAGUAUGGGUGACAGGAAAGGAAGUAGCAACUCCUUGGAAGAAUGGUAUGACCAGGAUAAACCAGAAGUCUCACUACUUUUCCAGUUCCUGCAGAUCCUUACAGCCUGCUUUGGCUCAUUUGCCCAUGGUGGCAAUGACGUCAGUAAUGCCAUUGGUCCUCUGGUUGCUCUGUAUUUGGUUUAUGAUACUAAAAAGGUUGAUUCCACAAUGUCAACACCAAUAUGGCUUCUUCUGUAUGGUGGUGUUGGUAUCUGUGCUGGUCUGUGGGUUUGGGGAAGGAGAGUUAUCCAGACCAUGGGAAAAGAUCUCACCCCAAUCACACCCUCUAGUGGCUUCAGUAUUGAACUGGCAUCUGCCCUUACUGUGGUGAUUGCAUCCAAUAUUGGUCUUCCCAUCAGUACCACACAUUGUAAAGUGGGUUCUGUUGUGUCCGUUGGCUGGCUCCGAUCCAAAAAGGCUGUUGACUGGCGACUCUUCCGAAACAUUUUUAUGGCCUGGUUUGUCACAGUCCCUAUCUCUGGUCUUAUCAGCGCUGCUAUUAUGGCAGUCUUUGAAUAUGCCAUUCUGCCAAGUGUGAAGUCUGGCGAUUGAGCUUCAAACUGUCACUGUUUGGGACCAUCUUACACAUUCCUGCUCCUUUGAAGAAUGACCACAGUAUUACAGAAGAUGGGCGAGAGUCUUCCUUCAAAGUUGGGGAGCUGUGGGAGGGACGUGUUACUUGUGCUAUAAUUGCUUUUGUGCUUAAAUAUGACUCGUCUCAAAAUCAGCUGUGUAAAUUAGACGGGUUGCCACUGACCCUAUUGAGUCCCUUUUCCUCCCAGGCUGUGAAUCCCUGUACAUAAUUCUCUACUUUUUGUAUCAGGCUUCAACUCCAUUAUAUUCUAAUGCUUUCUUCUGAAGGUAGUGUGAGUCUUUUAGACAACCAUACAGAGCCCCUGACCCAGUGGUCUCUCUCCCUGGGUUCACCAGCUUCUGGGUCUGUGCGCAGGGACUUCACAGCAAAUGUGACUGAAGUUUCCUUGCUAGUCUCCCACAGUGGAGUGGUUUGUGCUUUGCCCCCCUAUUGGGGGCUUGUUUGACUGGCACAUGUGGGAAGUUCUUAAGGCUUCUGUGGACACAAUGAAAAUUUAAGUUAGUAACUUCUUUGCAAACAUUUCAUUGACCUUUUGCUAAGAAGUAGGAAGAAAAAAGCCUUUUGCCAAUUGUUUUUUUUUUUUUUUUCCCUUGAAGAUUUUUGGCAGUGUGGGAUGGAUGAAGUGGAGUUUGAUCUUCAGGCAACUUAAGUGGGAUAGCCUUUCAUGUUCAUCUGUCUACCUCUUAACUGAAUAAAAAAGGCCUACAAUUUUUAGAAAA